CUCCCAGUUUGUUUUUAAAUGCUGUGUUUGAGAGAGGAGGGGGCCCGUGGAGUAAAAGGGGAGAUGGUGCCUCUUCUCAUGAUGCAGGCUGCUUGUGCAAAGCAGCCCUGCACUUCCAGUGGUGAGCAGAAAGCCAAGUGUGGGAGUUCACCAUGGUGGUAACCACCUCCCCACAAAGCAAGCAGCAUUUCACCAGAGGGAAGUAUCAGGUUCCUGUACUCGGCUGUGGGUUGUCACCAUCUAAUAAUAUGACCGUUUUGCCAUCUCUCUGCAAAUAAGGCAGAAGCUGCUACCUGAUUGGUAUAACAUCUCACUUUCCCUCCGCAUUGAUUUUCUUGUUCUUCUCCUUUGCUUCAUAAAAAGAGGGACAAGUGGCUGGUGCUGUGGACACAGAAGCUUUAUUUUUAGUAUGAGACAAUCUCUAUUUUCUUUCAGGAGAGGGAAGUUGGAUUAUCAAUUCUUUUGUAAAUGUGUAUGGUGAUAUUUGCUCCGCUUUUUGCAAUCUUUGCAUUUGCAACAUGCGGUGGUUAUUCCGGAGGCCUGCGGCUAAGUGUGGACUGCAUCAACAAGACAGAAAGUAACCUCAGCAUUGACAUAGCGUUUGCCUACCCAUUCAGGUUGCACCAGGUGACAUUUGAGGUGCCUACCUGCGAGGGAAAGGAACGGCAGAAGCUGGCCUUGAUUGGUGACUCCUCAUCUUCAGCAGAAUUCUUCGUCACUGUGGCUGUCUUCGCCUUCCUCUACUCUUUGGCCGCCACUGUUGUUUAUAUUUUCUUCCAGAACAAGUACAGGGAAAACAACCGAGGCCCACUCAUUGACUUCAUCGUCACUGUGGUCUUUUCAUUCUUGUGGUUGGUGGGUUCAUCAGCUUGGGCAAAAGGACUGUCUGAUGUCAAGGUUGCAACAGAUCCCAAGGAAGUGUUGUUACUGAUGUCAGCUUGCAAACAACCAUAUAAUAAAUGCAUGGCUGUCCACAGCCCUGUUAUGUCCAGCUUAAACACUUCGGUGGUCUUUGGAUUCUUGAACUUUAUCCUCUGGGCUGGAAACAUAUGGUUUGUUUUCAAGGAGACUGGCUGGCAUUCCUCUGGACAGAGAUAUCUUUCAGACCCAAUGGAGAAACACUCUAGCAGCUAUAAUCAAGGUGGUUACAACCAAGAUAGCUAUGGGUCAAGCAGUGGUUAUAGCCAGCAAGCGAGUUUGGGGCCAUCCUCAGAUGAGUUUGGCCAACAGCCUAGUGGCCCCACUUCCUUUACUAAUCAGAUUUAGCAGAGUAGCAUUUGCAUUCUUCUGGAGAGAGCCUCACCACCUUCAGUAGCAGAAGAAUUUUUUAAGAGUUUCAGUCAAUUAUUAAUGCAGAAAGUGUUGAAUGUAAAUCAGAGAUCUGUAAUCCUCAUUAAGGUAGAAAGGCCUGGGUUGUGAUAAAUGGUACUUAGAGAUGAAAUGACAUGAGGAGAUAUAUUAUUCAUCACGGAUGGCUAAUUGGAGAGUACCUUGUUAUAUACACAGAUGCUUUUAUGGUCGUUUUGUAUAUGUGUUGAGAUAGCAGAAGCAUUUUGUAGCUUAAAAUCUCUAGUCUGUAACAUGCAUAAAGUAAAUUAAAUAGCAUUGAGUUUUCCUAUGCAUUUUGAUGCAAAAGACGUUCUAUUCAUUUCUAGAAGACAAUUUGGUGUAUCACGACAUGCAUGUAUUAUUAAUUUUUAGUUUUAGGCCCUAUAGGACUAUGAGUCUCCUAAGUAUUUAUUUCAGACAGUUACUCUGUAUUCUUUUUAUAUGAUGAAUCGAUGCUCAUAUGAUUUAGUGCAUGAAUAAGCAUUUUCUCACACAAUGAACAUUUGAGCUGUAUUUAUGAAAAUUUUCCAGUUUGCACCACAAAUUUGUUAA